AGGAGAUCUGCAUUUUGAAGGAGAGAACUUUUAAACAUUAGGAAGUGAAGAUGAGUAGAGUAGACCCUUCUCAGCUCACUCAGUGUUUACACACACAACACACACUACUACUACUUACUGCUGCUUCCCAACGUCUCUCUCUGAUCAUUUACUCUCUUUCUACAACAAACUUUUGAUAUAAAAAGGAUAAGGUAGAAAAAGCCAUUAAAGCUGCCAUUUCUUAGCUUAAAAUAAUGUCCUCAGCACAAGAAGUAGAAGCUGCAGCAGCAUUCCCUACUUGCUCAUACUUUACAUAAUAAUUCAGUCAGUCACAUAAACACACACACACACACCCUGCGUGUUUGUAUUAGAAAAAUGUCAUUACUUUGAAGAUCCUCAGGCCUAGGGGUAUUCUUUUUUUGGUAAAGCAAUCCCAGAAUUCAUGUGCUUUUUCCUAACAGAAUUCUUUAUUCACACCUACAGAUCUUUUACGUUAGAACUUGCUUUUUCUCGCUUGUAUCUAUAUAUUAGUGUAUAUUAGUCUUUCUUCCUACACAGGGCAGCCCUUAAAGUUGGCAUCUUUUCUGAAAAGGGCUGUUUCUUGAUGAGUUUUUCUGAGAUGGGAUUGAGGUGGAAUUACGCCGUGGCAGUGGUGGUGGUGGGUUUGGCGUUUGGAGGUGGUUAUGGCUUCCCGGAGAAGGAUCUGGUGGUGAGAUUGCCUGGUCAACCGGUGGUAAAGUUUAGGCAGUUUGCAGGGUAUGUGGAUGUGGAUGUGAAGAACGGAAGGAGUUUGUUUUACUACUUUGUGGAGGCUGUGGAAGACCCUGAUCACAAGCCUCUCACUUUAUGGCUUAAUGGAGGCCCAGGUUGCUCAUCAAUUGGAGGAGGUGCAUUCACCGAAUUAGGUCCUUUCUUUCCCAAAGGUGACGGGCGAGGCCUCCGAAUAAAUUCAAAAUCUUGGAAUAAAGCAUCAAAUCUUCUGUUUGUUGAAUCCCCAUCUGGUGUAGGAUGGUCCUAUUCAAACACAAGCUCAGACUACACCUGUGGCGAUGCAUCCACAGCAAUCGAUAUGCAUAUAUUCAUGAUGGAAUGGUACAAGAAAUUUCCAACUUUCAGAACCAGAGACCUGUUCCUGACUGGAGAAAGUUAUGCAGGGCACUACAUUCCACAGUUAGCUGUUGCUCUUUUGGACCACAAUGAACAUUCUACAGAUCUCAAGUUCAAGAUUAAAGGAGUUGCAAUCGGCAACCCACUUCUGAGACUUGACCGUGAUGUCCCAGCAACAUACGAGUUCUUCUGGUCGCAUGGGAUGAUCUCUGAUGAAAAUUUUCUUGCCAUUAUGAACGAUUGUGAUUUUGAUGAUUAUGCAUUUGCUAGUCCACACAAUGUGUCUCAAUCCUGUAACGAUGCCAUAUCUCAGGCAAAUGAGAUCGUUGGUGAUUACAUAAACAACUAUGAUGUGAUUCUUGAUGUAUGCUAUCCAUCAAUAGUCGAGCAAGAGCUGCGACUCAGAAAGAUGGCUACGAAGAUCAGCGUUGGCAUAGAUGUGUGCAUGAGCUAUGAGAGGCGGUUUUACUUCAACCUUCCUGAGGUUCAGAAGGCUCUCCAUGCAAAUAGGACAAAUCUACCAUAUCGCUGGACUAUGUGCAGCAGUGUCCUAAAUUAUAGUGAGACAGAUGGAAACAUCGACAUGCUUCCAUUGCUCAAAAGAAUUGUCCAAAAUCACAUUCCAGUUUGGAUUUUCAGUGGGGAUCAAGAUUCAGUUGUACCAUUACUUGGUUCCCGGACACUUGUACGGGAACUAGCCCACGAUCUGAACUUCAAGAUUACAGUCCCAUAUGGAGCUUGGUUCCAUAAAGGACAGGUGGGAGGUUGGGCAACUGAGUAUGGGAACUUGUUAACUUUUGCAACGGUUAGAGGUGCUGCUCAUAUGGUACCCUAUGCACAGCCGUCAAGGGCUCUGCAUUUGUUCAGUUCAUUUGUACGUGGCCGGAGAUUGCCAAACACAACUCAUCCUCCCAUUUAUGACUGAUCACCCAAACUCAGAGACCUUUUCAUGUCUGCUCUCAACUGAUUCAUAGUUUCUCGAACUUAAGUCAGCCGAAGGCAACACAUUUUCUGUUUCUUUAGCUGUAAUCACAUUUAAACAAGCAUUAUAUUGAUCGUGGAUUCGACUUACAAAUGCAUGUUUCAAUUGACAGAACAUUCUAUGUAAUGUCUUCGUUCAGGAGCAAACUGUUGGACUGAUAACCUACUCAGUGACAUGAAUGCAGGAGCAAGAACACAUAAAAAGUUUUACCUAGAAA